UGAUAUGGGAUUUGAAUUGUUGUAAAAGAACAGGCGUGAGCUGACUGUAAAUGUUGAUUAUAUUUGCUUUGUAUUUAAGAUAGCUGAAAGUGUGCGAAGACUCGGAAAGCCCGUGCUACAAAUACUGGCAAUCAACAAAUCACUGGACGCCCAUGACGGAGUGUACAAUGGGGCUUUCAACGGCCCAGCUGAAACAGGGUUUGAAUUCACAGGCAGGUCAAUUGAGGUCAACAAAGAUUGCCGAAAUUGUUAGAAUGCCCCUGCAGCCAACAAUAUCUACGGUGGCAAUGUCUGUUAUACCUUUGAAUGAAAGCUUCUCUGUGUGUGUUCUUGUUUUCUUUGGACCUUCCGAUACAGAGAUCAAAUUCAACGGCGACACCCUGGAAGUCUCCAGAGAACAUGUAGAUGAAUUUGAGGUCUACAUGGUGAACAAUAAUGCCAACAUGGAUAGAAGAAUAACCUUAAAGUCGAAAUCAAAAGGAGAAACAAUUACAAUGUAUCCAAACUUUAACUACAACCUCCCUAUUAAAUCAAGCUUUAUUGAAAACACCUGCUAUGUCAAGAUAGAAAAGGAUGCAAUGGGAGAACGCACAAAAUAUACAGCUACAGUAACAUCAUUUGCAGAAAGAGAGGACUUGGAGAAUUUGUCCAAAUAUUUUAUUGCAUGCAUACGCGAUAGAUCAGGCGCCCGUGUACAAUUAUCGACACGCCAUCUGAAUGAAACUGAAAAUGAAAAUGUUGUCAGUUAUUAUAAAUACCUCGACACUUACUAUUCAGGAAGUAAAACUGACAGUUGCAGUGAGUACUAUUCGAUUCUGAACUAUUCCGCGAUCGAAGCAGAUGGUAUCACUGUCGAAAGUUUUGGCUUUGUUUUGAAUGUUUCAAGUUCAGAUUACUAUGGAAACGACAUGGCAAUUAAUCGCAGUUGGUAUUAUCAGAUCGUUUAAAAGCAUAAUUUGAAAUUUGUUCAAUACCAAUACCUAUAAGUUUUGAAAUAAACGAAAUAAUGCUUCAGAA